GCCAAAUAAGUAAUAAGUAAUUAAUACUGGGAAGAGACUGGAUUAGGAAUCAUAUAUAAAAGCUUCACCGGAGCAGAGUUGGUUAUCAGUCAACGAUCGUUCUCGACCAGACAGAAAUCAGCCAAAAUGUUCAAGUUUGUGAUGAUCCUCGCCGUUGUGGGAGUGGCUACCGCCCUGGCCCCAGUUUCCCGCUCCGAUGAUGUGCACGCCGACGUCGUCUCCCGAUUGGACGAUGUUCGUGCCGAUGGAUUCGACUCCAGUCUGCACACCUCCAACGGAAUCGAGCAGGCCGCCAGCGGAGAUGUCCACGGCAACAUCCACGGCAACUUCGCUUGGAUCUCCCCCGAGGGCGAGCACGUUGAAAUCAAGUACGUGGCCGAUGAGAACGGAUACCAGCCCUCGGGAGCCUGGAUCCCCACUCCUCCUCCAAUCCCAGAGGCCAUCGCCCGCGCCCUCGCCUGGCUGCAGGCCCACCCCCCAGCCCCCGAGCAGCCUCGUCAUCACUAAGGCCCGUAAUCCUGAACCCGGACCGCUCCACGGACUGUUCUCCCGAAACGAAUCGCCCUAGUUGUUUAGCUGCACUUCUUGACUUUCAAAAAAAUACAUGCACAUGCCUAAAACAGUAAA